AUGCCCUCGUAUGGCGCCGAAGCAACCGACCGCCCAUCCUUUGCCCAUGCACAAACAACAUCCACGCCGCCCGCGCGCACCCCCUCGGACCGCUCGUCUCCCAAUGGCAGUGCUGCGGCCAUGAACGGGAAGCUAUCCAACGGCCGCCCGACCAGGCCCGCGAGCAUCGACAAGCGCCUGUCGCAGGAAGAAGGGCGCCAUGGCCGGAGUAGGGGAGACGCCAUCGACGCCGACAGCUUCAACAACAACAACCGCUCGCCCGACAUGCACCGGCUGUCCAGCGAGCGCCCGAGCAGGGACGAUGGCUACUUUGCCUCGAUCCAUAGCAGCAAGACCAAGGACCGCCUCUGUGGCAGCACCACGCACGUCGAACUCGGCCAGAUAGAUGCCCUCGAUGGCACAAAAGAAGCAAGCAAGGACUUCUACGUGCCGCAUGUCGGCUCCAUGUCCAACUCUACCACAUCGCCCUCGCCCCAGCCCCAGCCCGACGAGGCCGCAUCGAGCCUGCAGGUACCGACCCAGCCGCAUCGCGUCUCCUCCCCACCAGCUUUCAACCACAACAACCCCAACUCUUCGCAGCCACCCCACCGCCUACAGCAACGUCACACCCUCGAGGUCCCCAAGCUGCAGACAUCGCGCGCCCGCGACACCCAGAACAACACUGACGACGUCAUCAGCGCAAGCGGGAGGUUCUCGCCCUCUACGCCGCACCGUCGGAGAGGCUCCAUGUCGCUUGUGCGUAGGACCACACGCUCCGUCAACUCAGACAUGCCUCCUGACGAGGUGCCCCAGGACGAUGAGGCCGCGCGAUGGGCUGAACACAUACGACAGAAGAGAGCCAGCAAGAGGAAGCGCAAGGAGGACGAGGACGAGGACCGCGUCGUAGUAGGCACCAAGGUGGACCAGAAUCACGUCAACUGGGUCACUGCCUACAACAUGCUGACGGGUAUUCGCUUCACCGUCUCGCGAACCAACGCCAAGAUGGACCGAGAUCUUACCGAUGCUGACUUUGACGCGAAGCACAAGUUUUCGUUUGACAUGUACGUGCCGGCUGUUUUUCCUUAUAACAUCACGGAUUUGUUCGAGUUCACCUUCACUUCAACUGGCAACGAGCUUACUCCUUCCGCCAAGUACGACUUCAAGUUCAAGGACUAUGCGCCAUGGGUCUUCCGCCAUCUCCGCACUACCUUCAAGCUCGACCCUGCCGAUUACCUUGUCUCGUUGACAAGUAAAUACAUUCUUUCCGAGCUCGGCUCUCCAGGCAAGAGCGGCAGCUUUUUCUAUUUCUCUCGCGACUACAAGUACAUCAUCAAGACUAUCCAUCACGCUGAACACAAAUUCCUGCGCAAGAUUCUCAAAGACUACUACAACCACGUACAAGAGAACCCCAACACCCUUCUUUCCCAGUUCUACGGCCUGCAUCGCGUAAAGAUACCCUAUGGACGUAAGAUCCAUUUCGUCGUCAUGAACAACCUGUUCCCUCCGCAUCGAGAUAUCCACCGCACAUUUGAUUUGAAGGGCUCGACGAUUGGGCGAGACUUCAAGGAGGAUAAUCUGGCGACCAACCCUCGCGCAACUCUAAAGGACCUGAAUUGGUUACGCAGAAAUCAGCAUCUCGAGUUAGGACCAUCGAAGAAAAAGAUGUUUAUCGAGCAGAUGCAGAGGGAUGUCAAGUUGCUGCAGCGCUUGCACAUCAUGGACUACUCACUUCUCAUUGGUAUCCACGACUUGGAGAAGGGUAAUGAGGAGAAUCUGAGAGACAAAACACUCAAGGUCUUCUCACCAGGUGGGGAGGAGGCACCAGAGCCACAGCCGAAUCAGCUCAUGCGUACACCUUCAAAACUAGAGAGUGCUCGGAAAGCAAGGGAACUGAGGCAGAUGGUCAAGACCCAGAAGCCAGUGCCAAUGGGUCAGACCUCCAGCAAGAUGCCGGAUGAGUUGGAAGACCCUAACCGGAACUUCUACUUCUACUCCGAUGAUGGCGGUUUCCGGGCUACUCAUGAAGACAACGCUCCUGGAGAGGAGAUCUACUACCUUGGCAUCAUCGACUGUCUGACACACUACUCGUUCAUUAAACGCAUGGAACACUUUUUCAAAGGCAUCGCUAAUACCGAGUCACAAAUAUCUGCCAUACCCCCCGAACGAUACGGUGAUCGAUUCAUCAAGUUCAUCAGCGGCGUCACCAAAACCAAAGAAGCGGCCGAUCGCGAGAAGAUGGAAGAGGCCACUAACGAUCUCACCGAACUAUCGCUGGACGGUCUCAACCGAUCAUCGACCGACCGCGUUGUAGAGAAGGCAGAGCACCAAGCUGAACGCUCGCGACGACAAGGUCAUGGCGAGGAGAAUGUACCGAAUCUGCACAUGAGGGCAGUACGUAGUCCGUCCGCGGAAAGAGGAGAGAUUGGGACCACUCUUCCUGUAGUCGAGGAGGCUGGCGAGUCUUCGAGUGUUGGUGGGCAUAGCAAUCGGAGCGCCUCAGAUGGUGCCCAUGCUAUAACUACAAGCAACAAUGAGGCCUCGCCGCCUCCGCCACUCACAGGAGCACCCUAUCUUGGCCCCCCGCGCCUUGAGUCCAGAGCUAGGUCAACGUCCAGGGAAAGGGAUCAUUCACAGGGUAGGCCACCACCAACACCACCGAAAGACUCGGGCACCGCAAGUAGCGAUGGUCGGCCACCCACACCAGCAAAGGAUUCCGAGUACAUGUCUAAUAGGCACUCUGGGCCGCCCACACCACCGAAAGAGGACAAGAGAGGAGGGAUACCCAGAGCCUCUCUGGACAAGGACCUACCACGAACACCAUUAGAAACCACCAUCAGGGUUACCUAA